CACGCAGCAGCGAGUACACGACGUCAGCCGCGUACGUGCUUGAGCCUGCCCGAAAAUGUUCUCCUGUGUUGUUGAAUUUCGAAGGAGCGGGGGACUUUGCGGCGGAAUAAUACAGUUUUUUUGUUGAGGAAUACCAAAACAGACCGCAUGUUUCGUAGCUGAAGUCCUUCGCGGUUCCAUUUCUUGGCGAAGGCUGUGAUUUUUGGGCCUCUCCGAGGGAAAGUUUAAGCGAUCCUUUUUUCUCCUGGAGUGAUGUCGAAUCCCGGGAGUCGGAGAAACGGGUCCAGCAUCAAAAUCCGACUGACAGUAUUAUGUGCCAAGAACCUAGCCAAGAAAGACUUCUUUCGCCUACCGGAUCCUUUUGCUAAGGUGGUGGUAGACGGAUCGGGUCAAUGCCACUCCACAGACACAGUAAAGAGCACACUGGACCCCAAGUGGAAUCAGCACUAUGACCUCUACAUUGGAAAGACUGACUCAAUCACCAUCAGCAUAUGGAACCACAAGAAGAUCCAUAAACGUCAGGGAGCAGGUUUUUUGGGCUGCAUACGACUGCUUUCCAAUGCCAUCAGCAGGCUAAAAGACACAGGAUACCAGCGUCUAGAUCUAUGCAAGCUGAACCCCUCUGACAGUGAUGCAGUAAGGGGGCAGAUUGUAGUGAGCUUACAGACGCGGGACCGCAUUGGUAGCGGUGGUCCUGUAGUGGACUGCAGAGGACUGUUGGAAAACGAUGGGCCUGUUUUUGAGGGGUGUUUCAGUGAAGAGCCGCUGCCAUACUCCGACCCCACCGGCGCUGCGGGGGGCGGGAACUGCCGGUUGGACUCACCAGGUCAGGAGAACCGCCUGCAGACUCAGCGAAUCAGGGGGCAGGACUCCAGAGGUCAUGGCCACACCCCUCAGAACAGGCCUCAUGGGCAUCAGCCGCCUGAUUUGCCAGAGGGUUAUGAACAACGAACAACUGUGCAAGGCCAGGUGUACUUCCUCCACACACAGACAGGGGUCAGCACCUGGCACGACCCUCGGAUACCACGUAGGGAUCUGGCCAGUGUGAGCUGCGAGGAACUCGGUCCGCUGCCGGUGGGCUGGGAGGUCCGAAGCACUGUGUCCGGCCGCAUCUACUUUGUGGACCACAACAACCGGACCACACAGUUUACAGACCCACGUCUACACAACAUCAUCAGCCACCAAUCCCAAGUGAAGGAAACGCCCCAGGCCCCACCGAUGGAUGUUGGGGUUGAUGAGGGGGGAGGCGGAGGGGUGAGCGGCGGAGGAGACGGAGAUGUAGCGGUGCGCUACGAGCGAGACCUGGUGCAUAAGUUGAAGCUGCUCCGCCACGAGCUGUCGCUGCAGCAGCCUCAAGCAGGACACUGUCGCAUCGAGGUGUCUCGCGAAGAGAUCUUUGAGGAGUCGUAUCGACAGAUCAUGAAGAUGAGGCCGAAGGACCUGAAGAAACGGCUGAUGGUGAAGUUCAGAGGAGAGGAGGGCCUUGAUUACGGAGGAGUGGCCAGGGAGUGGCUGUAUCUGCUGUGUCAUGAAAUGUUGAACCCCUACUACGGGCUCUUCCAGUAUUCCACCGACAACAUCUAUACACUACAGAUCAACCCCGAUUCCUCCAUCAACCCUGACCACUUGUCCUAUUUUCACUUUGUGGGCCGUGUGAUGGGCCUGGCGGUUUUCCACAGUCACUACAUCAACGGCAGCUUCACGCUGCCCUUCUACAAGCAGCUGCUUGGAAAACCCAUCCAGCUCAAUGACCUGGAGACCACGGACCCUGAGUUGCACAAGAGCCUUGUCUGGAUAUUAGACAAUGACAUCACUUCAGUCCUGGAUCACACAUUUUGUGUGGAGCACAAUGCCUUCGGGAAGUUCUCCCAACAUGAACUCAAACCUAACGGCAGAAAUAUUCCCGUCACAGAGGAGAACAAGAAGGAAUAUGUUAGACUUUAUGUGAACUGGAGGUUCAUGCGUGGGAUCGAAGCCCAGUUUCUGGCUCUUCAAAAAGGAUUCAGUGAGUUGAUCCCACAGCACCUCCUCAAACCGUUUGACCACAAAGAACUUGAGUUAAUAAUCGGUGGACUCGGAAAGAUAGACCUGGCAGACUGGAAGGCCAACACCCGCCUGAAACACUGCACCGGUGAGAGCAAUGUGGUGCGGUGGUUCUGGCAAGCCGUGGAGGCCUUCAGCGAAGAGAGGAGAGGGCGCCUCCUGCAGUUUGUCACUGGCUCCACUCGAGUUCCCCUGCAGGGGUUUAAAGCGCUGCAGGGCUCUACAGGUUCUGCAGGACCGAGGCUCUUCACCAUCCACUUGAUAGACGCCAACACAGAGAACCUACCGAAAGCUCACACGUGCUUUAACAGGAUAGACAUCCCUCCCUAUGAGUCUUAUGAGAAACUUUACGAGAAACUGCUGACAGCUGUGGAGGAGACCUGCGGCUUUGCCGUAGAGUGAUGAAUCCACCACAAGGACAAGAUACACACAGUCACACUUGCUUGCACUUGCACACCAACUAUAUGACAUUUUACAUAUAUGCACACACACACAAACUGAACUUCAAGUAUACUCCGAGUAUACAGAACAGCCAAGCAUUACAGUAAUACACCGUCUCUUGCCACCUCUGCACCGCCGAACCGCCUGCGGUCAAACGAGGAAGCACAGCAGGAGGAAGGAGGGGGGGCAAACAAAAGAGCAUUUUAAAAAUUUUUCAAAUAUUUUCAAGAAGCAUUUUUAUCCUUCAGUUUUAACAAGCUAUGAUGUCACUCUUGAAAAUGUGUAACCACGGCAAAUUCAACUCGAGUCGUGCUCAAGUCUUCGGGCACAAUCAGCCAAUUGCUUAUGAGCCUGCAGAUGUUGAAUCCAGGUGUGGAGAACAAGGUGGGGAGCGAUUGUUUUUCUCAGUAACAAGCUGAUUGAUCAACUAGUAUUCAUGCUUCAUGUUUAACCACUGUUGCGUGUCUUUGUGUCUCGGUCUGCAUGUGAGAGAGAGUGGGAUUUUUGUAUGCGUGUUGUGUGUGUGUAUGCAUGUGUGUCAAGCAUGGCACUCAGUUUCGCUGUAAAGAUGAUCAAAUGAGCCUGGUUCUUCAUUUGACAACUUUUGUCUCUUACUUUUGUACCUGCGACCACUCUGAUCCUCUCUGAUGUUUUAUUAUUUAUUACUAAAUGAUUACUGACCAAGCUGCUAUAUGCUCUGCAAUGAGCCCUCACUAAUUUCUUAAUCGCAGCUCAAACCUACUGGAGCUGAAGGGUCAAUUCUCAUGCAAUUCAAGUCAUCCACAAAGUGGAUUUUACUGAGUUUUGUUACUUUUAACAUUCAUGUUACUGUGGAGAAAAACUCUUGUCGGUGUGUGAAAAGUGUUGGUGUUUUAAAACACCAAGUUACAUUUGUUGAAGUGUAAAGAAGUUGCUAUUUCCAGCCGUAAAUUGAGAAAUAAAACUAAUCAGAACUUGCUAAUAUAUCCAAGAGUAAAUCCAGGAUGUUUUUGCUUAUUAUUAAUGAAAAUGAGCCUCAAGAUGCAAAGCAGAAGAAGAAGCCACUUAAUUUGUAACGACUGUGUUUAAAAAAAAAAAUCCCUCAAAGCUUUGCCUACGUGUUUUAUCGCCCAUUUUGCCAUAAACAUGAUUUUCUCCCUGUAGCCCGAAUGUUAGGAAAACUAUUCAUCAUCUUUAAGACUACAACGAAUGAAUCGCUUUUCAACCAUUAAAGCUCCAUAGAAGAGAAUAAAAUCAAACUGUAUUGAGCAAGAAACAUGUGGGGGAGGGGGGAGUUCUGUUGUAGAUUGAAGACUGUUAAGCAGUAUUAUUUCAAUCUGCGUUUUCUAUGGUCUAAUUUCACUGUGUAAUGGAUGCAAAAGUAUUGUAACUUACAAUGUACUAAACAUUUAUGAAAAAAAACAAUGUAAAUAAGAUUAUAUUAAAAGAAAUUAAAUUGAAAAUACAA